AAAAAAAAGCACACAGAUUAAGGAAACAAGGACAACACAAUGAAUGAACCGGAAUUAUAUAUUCCCUCGUUCAGUUCUAGCGCUCUCCUGUCAGACACCACCACGUGUUGGUCGGGUAGAUUCCUAUGUAACUGAUGACUGUUUCUUGUUCUAACAAAACUUUCAUUUUCUUCCUUAGCAUUAAUUUCUUUUACUCAUCUCAUUGGAAUCGCUUGUUAGUGUGUGAUCUCGUACUAAAGGGUUGUUUGUAAACGCAUGACUUUAUUUACAAAUUGUUUUCAAGUCUACCACCUGCAGGAACCGACAGGACCUUUAAACAACCAAGUGUUAUGAUAUAUUUUCAAUCAGCAGGAAAAUGGUAUCCUCUUUUAUUGAAGGCUGGGAUUUAGUACAGACUCUUGGAGAAGGUGCUUAUGGAGAAGUGAAAUUGGCUGUAAAUACUACAACAAACGAAGAAGUGGCAGUGAAAUUUAUUAAUCUCAAAAAAGAUAUCCAUGCAAGAGAAAGUGUUAGAAAAGAGAUUGCAAUUCACAAACUCCUGAAACACGACAAUGUAAUCCGCUUUUAUGGGAGCCGCACAGCUGGAGAUCAGCAGUUCAUGUUUCUGGAAUAUGCCUGCGGUGGUGAACUGUUUGAUAGAAUUGAGCCUGAUGUCGGUAUGUCUCCACAACGUGCUCAAUAUUAUUUCCGACAGUUAAUUGAAGGACUGGAAUAUUUACAUUCUAGAGGUGUGGCACAUCGAGAUUUAAAACCAGAGAAUCUUCUUCUGGACGAAAAUGAUAACUUGAAAAUCUCCGAUUUCGGUUUUGCCACUGUUUUCCGUUAUCAGGGAGAGGAGAGAGAAAUGGAAAAAUGCUGUGGGACACUUCCAUAUGUUGCUCCUGAAGUUAUCAGACGUCGUCCUUAUUCAGCUCAACCAGCAGAUAUUUGGUCUUGUGGCAUUAUCUUGGUAGCAAUGUUGGCUGGAGAAUUGCCAUGGGAUGAACCAUCAAAUGAAUGCUGUGAAUACUCGGACUGGGUCAAGUGCUGUAGUUUAUCUUCCCCGUGGAACAAAAUUGAAAACAUGGCUUUGUCUCUUUUAAGAAAAAUCUUAAUAGAAAACAGCAAAAAACGUUAUACAAUUCCACAGAUAAAGAAGAACCAAUGGUUUUCAAAGAACUUGAGAAAAUCUAUGCCAAUACGGUUAGAGACCCUUUCUGGUGAUUCUGGAACAUUUAAACGUAGAUGUUCUGGCUUAGACCAAUCUUCUCCUUCCGCUAUUGGAAAAUUUGAUCAUCAGUUCUCCUUGUCCCAGCCCGAUGUUAUUUCCCGUGCCACAGAGAGCCCUUCAUCUGCUGCUGAUUCCCUCAAAGCACUUACAUACUCUCAGCCAGUUCGUCCAGAUCACAUGAUGUUAUCAAGUCAACACCAAACACAAGAAUCUCAGUCAUCUGGUCCACACCUUGUUCGAAGGUUAACUCGCUUUUUCGUAAAAUGUAACCAAGAAGCAACAGUUAAAGAAUUAACGAGAGCCUUUGAAACUCUCAGUUACACUUGGAAAAAGAAUUCUCUAGGAUUGUUUACAAUACAAACCUUUGACAGAAGGAAGUGUCCAUUGUCGUUCAAGGCUGCUCUUGUUAAGAUGGGAGAGAAUCUUUUGGUAGAUUUCCGGUUAUCAAAGGGCGAUGGAAUUCAAUUCAAAAGGAACUUCACCAAAAUCCGUGAUCUUUUACGACCAAUCAUCUCCUCUCAGUCUGCUUGGCUGAAAGUGUCUUCUGUAAAAGAGUUACGCAACGAGGAAAACUGAAAAGAAUGGAGAGAAAAAGUAGACCAAAAAUGAAAAAUGUGUAAAUGUAAAACUAUAAGUGAAUGUGAGAGAGUGUACUGAAGUUUUUUUGUAAUUCUAUGUAUUUGCAACUAGUUUAAAUGUUCUGAUAGUGUGUUUGUUAUUGUUUUGCUAGUUACCAGACUUUGGAGUGGUUGCCUGCCUGCCUUUGUGUAAUUGUUAGCUAUCCUGUUGUAAUCAUGGUAAUUAAUUACUACUGCUUGUUUCAAAAUCUUGUCUGUGUUUACCUCCCUUAUCUGACACUUUUAUGGCUUAUUUUGUUUGGAAGAUAGUCAGAAGGUUUUAAGGUUUAUCAUGCAACAACAAUCAGUAUUAUAAAUAAAUCAACCAACAACAAAUGCAUCAUUAUUAUUUGCUAUGUAGGUUUGAAUCGUGGAGGUGCAAUGGCCCAGUGGUUAGAGCAGCGGACUCGCGGUCAUAGAAUCGCGGUUUCGAUACCCAGACCGGGCGUUGUGAGUGUUUACUGAGCGAAAACACCUAAAGCUCCAUGAGGCUCCGGCAGGGGAUGGUGGCGAACCCUGCUGUACUCUUCCACCACAACUUUCUCUCACUCUUUCUGUUGUACCUGUAUUUCAAAGGGGUCAGCCUUGUCACACUGUGUCAUGCUGAAUCUCCCUGAGAACUACGUUAAGGGCACACGUGUCUGUGGGGUGC